GGAAAUGCAAUCGCGUUUGGCGUCGCGCGCUGGUCGGCGCCGCCAUUUUGCUCCUCCGUCUCUUAAGGGGCUCCCGCGUUAAAGACUCCCCUCGUCCUCUCUUCCCUCAGCACCCGGCGCGCCGUCUUUGUCUCGCCGCCCUCGACCUCAUCACGCGAGCUCAUUUCUCUCCCCCACCCUCACCCCUCGCGCCGCGCUUAUUUAUAAUUUCGUUAAACGUCCAGCGGCGUUUCCGAGUUUGUCGCUCGGCUCGCCUUGCGCUAGAGCGUGGUUGCGAGCGCUCGCUCGUUUUUUCGGCCGGGGCCUUGGGGGUUGCAGACAGGCAAACUCGCUGGCUGCUCGCGGUUGUUGAGUGUUGCAGGGUUAUUAUAGAACGCCAGCUGUGAAAAGACGCGAAUGGUAAUUUCGUCGUCUCGAAAUUUAAAGUGCGAUUUUUUUUUGUUAAAUUAAAAACUGAGGCGUUGCGUCGCGUCGGCGCUGCUGUAUAAAGUAGUUAAGGAGGCGAACCAGCGCGGCGCCGUAGCCUUUACAAGUUCGUCGAGGUGGAGGAGUUGAAGGAGGUGGAGGCGGCGGCGGCGGCGGCAGCAGCAGCCAUGUCUGUGCACCGCUACUUCGACCCCGAGGAUCAUGACCUGGACAAGAGUUUCCGACUGACCAAGUUCUCCGAGCUCAAGGGAUGAGGGUGCAAGGUCCCCCAGGAGACAUUGCUCAAACUCCUGGAGGGACUGGAGCAGGACGGGCCGUACCAGGACGAACACCAACAGUUCAUGGGGGCCGUCAUGCCUCGUCUUGGAAUCGGCAUGGAUGCGUGUGUGAUUCCAUUGAGGCAUGGCGGCCUCUCGCUCGUCCAGACGACGGACUUCUUCUACCCACUUGUGGACGACCCCUACAUGAUGGGGAAGAUCGCUUGCGCUAACGUGCUGAGUGACCUGUACGCCAUGGGGGUGACGGAGUGUGACAACAUGCUCAUGCUGCUCGCCAUCAGCCAGAAGUUAUCCGAGAAGGAGCGAGACAAAGUGAUACCGCUCAUGAUUCGGGGGUUCAAAGACGCAGCGGAGGAGGCGGGAACCACGGUGACAGGAGGGCAGACAGUGGUCAACCCCUGGAUCGUCAUCGGGGGCGUCGCCACCACCGUGUGUCAACCCAACGAGUUCAUCAUGCCCGAUAACGCGGUGCCAGGAGAUGUGCUCGUGCUGACAAAACCGCUGGGUACCCAGGUGGCCGUCAAUGCACAUCAAUGGCUUGACAUGCCUGAGAAGUGGAAUAAAAUCAAGCUGGUGGUUACACAAGAGGAUGUGGAGUUGGCUUACCAGGAGGCUAUGUUCAACAUGGCACGCCUCAACCGCACAGCCGCUGGACUGAUGCACACGUUCAACGCACAUGCGGCAACGGACAUCACAGGCUUCGGCAUCCUCGGUCACGCGCAGAACCUGGCCAAGCAGCAGCGCAAUGAGGUGUCCUUUGUCAUCCACAACCUCCCCGUCAUCGCCAAGAUGGCCGCCAUCAGCAAGGCCUGCGGCAAUCUCUUCGGCCUCCUACAGGGCACAUCUGCCGAGACGUCAGGUGGGCUGCUGAUUUGCCUGCCACGCGAACAGGCCGCGCGAUUCUGUGCCGAAAUCAAAUCGCCAAAGUACGGCGAGGGUCACCAGGCGUGGAUCAUCGGCAUCGUGGAGAAGGGUGGCCGCACGGCCCGCAUAAUCGACAAGCCCCGCAUCAUUGAGGUGGCGCCGCGUGGGGCUAGCCCCACCGGCGUGGCCUCUCCCGACACGCCCACCGGCCCCCCACUCACAUAGAGACGCGCGUACGCGGGGAUGGGGUGGGGCACAUCACCGCACACAGGCACCGCCAACUGACGCACAAGCAUCACACGCACGCUCGGCCCUCCUGGGCUCCACGGAGAUGGUUUUUCGUGUCUUCGUGGCACAAGCGCGGGGCUGGGUGUCUUGCAGUGUCCCGGUUAACAAACAGCAGCUACAGACCCCUGAACGGAUGCGUCUUGCUCCGCAUGCACUCACGAUCGACUGUGCACGCCAUCGCACGCUGGGUGCACUCGACGCAUCCCACGCUAGCCCGCAGCGCGCCUGGCGUUGUAGCCCGGUGCACGCCGCGCACGCAUGCACAUAUACCUUCACCCCAUGACUACCUUGCCGCCUCCCCGCGACACUUGACAGCAACCCCAUUGCUGACAGUUCAUUUCUCGGCGAAAAGCAAACACUAAUGUUCUGCUAGGACAGCAUCAUUCUGCCGAUUUAGGAACGGAGCCUUUGUGGCUGGGCGCAGACAGAAACCCCAUCAUGUGAUUUGUCGGUGCACAUAAUCUACUUAUCAGAAUUAAGAAUGAAUUUUUUAGACGGCUACAUCUCUGCCGCAGUGAAAGCGAUCUGCCGAAAGAUGUAAUUGUCCAUCAGUGUUGCAAUUUGGCCCCUUUUUAACGUCGAGCUGCAGUCUCAAAUUGAGGAUUAGCCUCGACUAUGACCGCGAGAGGUCAUGUUUUGCAAAAUACUUCCAUGGCUUCAGCGGCGGCUUGCUCAUCAGACAUUAUUUUUGUAAGGCACAUGCCCUUUAACUGUACCUUAAAUUGCCUUGAUUUUUCAUACGCAAACGUUAACGUUAUGAUCGAUUGCAUUGUCCUCGUACGCGUGUAGCUUCUUAACAAUAGGGGCCACCAAGGCCACGGCGCGCUGGUGCCUGCCCCCUGCCCAACCUGUGCGCCCGUGAGAUUUGAGCAGCUCAUGGGAGUGCGGUUGGAGGGAGCAGACUUGAGUUGUCUAAAUGUGAAAACCUAUUUUCUUUUAGGUGUUUUAACAUUUUUACAAGCUCGUCACCACUCGCUGCCGAUUGUCCGUUAGCCGGUUUCGCAUCCGCCCCCUGAAUUUGAUGCUCUUCCCUCAAAAGGCGCAAGAGGGUUCUCUGAAGCCCGAGGGAGGGGCGGAAUCCUGCCACAGGGGACGGCGGUGCAUAACGGGGCUCGGACAAUGGGGCCUUAUGAUCCCUUCAUUGGUUGUUUGUGUUCUCCUUGAAUUUUUUUUUUUUCAAACACUGGCGUUCUGUCUCACUUAUGAAAUGAUACAUUGGCGUAGAUGUUAACAAAUAACGAUACUGUAACAGUGACCUUGGUGAUUGAUUUGGAUACACCCUCCUUGUAGUACCGCAUACAAACACCAAUAAAGUGGAAACACACAACCAUGGAUUUCUUAUA